UCGAUACUUUGUUUCCUGUGGUUGCAGAGAACGAGGAGCCUCUCUCUCUGUCUCUCUUUCUCUCUCUUUCUCCCUCCCUCCCUCUAUAUGCUUGCUGCAUUGUCUUCUUCUAAUACUUCAGAAUCUCUUUUCACUUCCACGCAUUAAAGUGUUGUCUCUCUCUUCAGUUGGUGGCGCUUGCUUUCAUAUUUAUGGGAGUUUGUUUCCAUGUUCUUAUACUUUCUAGUAGUAGUGUUGCAAGAGCUCGUACAUAGCGCACCAGAAGAGGAAACCAAGGAAACACACACAACGCAUUUUCCCCUCUUUUCUUUAACUUUCUCGGCUUCAUUAAUUAACCUAUUUUCUCUCCAAUUGAGAACAACAAGCGACCCUCGUCUUCUUCCUCAGCUCCAAAACAUAGAUACAUAGUGUGGAGAUUGGAGAAGGGGCUUCCCAACCAAUGAUACUUUGCUAUUUCAAAUUCAAAGAAGUUUUGGAUCUAUAGAUAUACUUCUAAGCUGCACAGAAAUAUAUCAGAGAGCUUCAAGAGCUGCAUGAAGUAGAAGUUUGCGAAAAUGAGAGAUGAGAAUUCCAAGAAAAGCAAGCUCUCAUGGUCAAAGAAAAUGGUCAGGAAGUUCUUUAAUAUCAAAUGCAAGACUGAUGAUUCCCAAGCAGACGGUGCUACUUAUGGAGGUGGUGACGUGGAAUGCAGAAGUAGGAAUAGCUUCUCUGAGAGAGAGCCAUGCACAAUCAAAAAGAGCAAAACAGAGAAGUUUAGCAGAAGCACAGAUCAGGGCAGGCGAGCAAGAAUGAAUCUUGACCACCCUCGAAUUAUAGAUGUGCAGAAUUACAGCAUUUUUGUAGCUACGUGGAAUGUAGCUGGAAGAUCCCCUCCAAGUACUUUGAAUUUAGAUGAUUGGCUUCACUCUUCAUCACCCGCUGACAUUUAUGUUCUUGGAUUUCAAGAGAUAGUUCCUUUGAAUGCUGGUAAUAUCUUAGGGGCAGAAGACAAUGGCCCUGCUAAAAAAUGGUUGGCUCUCAUCAGAAAGACUUUAAACAAUCUUCCUGGCAGCAGUGGAAGUAGUGGGUGCUAUACACCAUCUCCCAUACCUCAGCCAGUUGUGGAGCUGAAUGCAGAUUUUGAGGGAUCAGCAAGGCAGAAGAACUCAUCUUUCUUCCAUAGGCGAUCAUUCCAGACAACUUCUAGUGGUUGGGGAAUGGACAAUGAUCCUUCAGUUGUGCAGCCGCGGCUGGAUCGAAGAUACAGCGUUUGUGAUCGUGUAAUUUUUGGUCACAGGCCAAGUGACUUUGAUCCCAGUUUUAGAUGGGGCUACAGGCCUAGUGAUUAUUCCAGGGCAAGUGACUACUCAAGACCAAGUGACUACUCAAGAUGGGGUUCAUCUGACGAUGACAAUGGCCUUGGGGAUUCACCAAGUACAGUCUUAUUUUCCCCAAUGUCCCGUGGUGGAGGUGGACCUUCCUUUAAUGAAGAGGGAUAUGCCAUGCCAGGUCACUCAAGGUACUGCCUUGUUGCUAGUAAGCAAAUGGUGGGAAUAUAUCUUACAAUAUGGGUGAGAAGUGAACUGAAAGAUCAUGUUCAAAACAUGAAAGUGUCUUGUGUUGGCAGAGGAUUGAUGGGCUAUCUGGGAAACAAGGGAUCCAUCUCAAUUAGUAUGUCUUUGCAUGAAACAAGCUUUUGCUUUAUCUGUAGCCAUUUAACCUCCGGACAGAAAGAGGGUGAUGAACUAAGAAGAAAUUCUGAUGUUAUGGAGAUUCUUAAAAAGACAAGGUUUCCUCGUGUUCAAGGUGUGGACAAUGAUAAGUCUCCACAGACAAUCCUUGAUCAUGAUCGAAUUAUAUGGCUUGGAGAUUUGAACUACCGGAUUGCGCUCUCCUACCGUUCUGCUAAGGCACUUGUUGAGAUGCAAAAUUGGAGAGCAUUGUUAGAGAAUGAUCAAUUGAGAAUAGAGCAGAAAAGAGGUCGUGUGUUUCUGGGGUGGAAUGAAGGAAAGAUAUAUUUUCCUCCAACGUACAAGUAUUCAACUAAUUCAGAUAGAUAUGCUGGAGACGAUAUGCACCCCAAAGAGAAAAGGAGAACCCCUGCUUGGUGUGACCGUAUUUUGUGGUAUGGAGAAGGUCUACAUCAGUUGUCGUAUGUCCGUGGGGAAUCAAAGUUUUCAGAUCACAGACCUGUCUAUGGCAUAUUUUGGGCUGAGGUUGAGUCAGCUCAUGGCAGAUUGAAGAAAACAAUGAGUUGUUCUCGUUCAAGAAUUGAGGUGGAGGAACUUCUGCCAUAUUCCGGUGGAUAUACUGAACUGAGUUUUUUCUAAACGAGUUUGGGAUAUGAGACGUGUCCUUCCAUAUUCAGCAAUUGGUCCCCCAUUACCAUGCUGGAAUUACUUUGAAGAAAACUCAUUCAUGGAGGGAGAUAGGGACAACCCAUUUCCCACAUACCGAAAAAGCUUAUAAUCUGUAGUUUUGGUGCUACAGCCAUGCCUUGCCUAACACAUGAUCAGUACAGUACAUCAUCAUAAUCUUGGUAGCUACUCAUACACCAGCUUCGGUAAUGUGCAUAUUUUGAUACCCAACUAACGUACACUCAACCUUUCAGUGUCUCACCAUACUUUGAUCGUUAACUGUCCUUCACAGUCAUCAGGAAGUUGAUUUUUUUAUUCAAGAUUUUUUAAUUGUUUCUGGAGAAUAUAUAUGAUGACUGAAUGAAGGUGGAAGGCUUGUCAGAAUAAUCAAUUGGGCACUAACAUUUUUUUAAUGCGCAGAAAAGAAACUGAGUUUAUUUUUUUCUUUUCCUUUUUGAUCCUGAGAAAAUGAGUUUGAUGUAUAGUGGUUGCCUAUGUACUUGAGGAAAAAUACGAACAAACAAAAAAUGAUUGAUGUUCAUUAUAGAAUUUGAGAGGCUCUCUUGCUCAGUCCAUUAUUGAAAUUUUACUGAUAAAGGUAACUUUGACACCAAAA